AUGGUGCCUGUCCACCGAGUCAGGGGGCAAGAGGUGAGAGAGGGUGGCCGCCGCGAACCAGAAGGACGGCGAACAGGGUCACCCACGGAGGUCAUGGAGGUGGACUCGAACACUGAGGAGGAGGAGGACCCGAAAUCAGGUGCCUCCCAGCAUGCACAGCUACAACUUUUGCUCUCGCAACGCAGUGCUGCUGACAAGGCCUAUGCACAGGCGUUGGUCCGGAUGCCAGAGCAGGAGGGAGACGUUGCAUCAGAAAGGAAUUUCCACCUCCAGCCCUGGGCAUACAGAUUGCGCUUCACCUGCCAAUGCAGCCCUUUGAGCGGCCGCGGAGCACCGCCGAGGACUUACACUUGCGCGAGCGGCUAA